CCAUUUCUAACGUUUCUAUCUGCAAUAGAAACCACUACCCAAGCUCCAGCCGCCAGCAGCUACGCCGUCACCAUGUCCAAGACUGUGGGGGUGCCGAUCUCGCUGCUACAUGAGGGCGAGGGCCGCACCGUGACCAUCGAGCUCAAGAACGGCGAGGUGUACCGUGGCCACCUGGUGGAGAGCGAGGACAGCAUGAACUGCCAGCUGAGCGACGUGGUGCUCACGCAACGCGACGGCCAGAAGAGCAAACUCGAGCUCGUGUAUGUGCGCGGCUCGCACAUUAAGCUUGUGAUCCUGCCGGAUAUUCUCAAGAACUCGCCGCUGCUGAGCAAAGUGCAGGCGCUGAGCAAGAAGAACGAGGACAGCAAGAAGAAAAAGACCGGCAAGUCACAGGGCCGCAGACGCACAGGACCGCGCAAGUAGACAGCUACAGACAUGCUCACGGGCUAUACACUGCAGGCUUUCCGACCGAUCAAGGAGCAUUGGCGGCUGAGAUAUAGGAGACUCAAGCUGACGACUGCAGUUAAGCUCUGUGGAUGCGACUUGAAGACGAAGACGUGACUUUUUAUUGAUUUUUGAGUUUGUUUUUGCCAGUUUGGUUGAUAGAUAUCUGCUGUUGAUACGCGAAAACUGUUGCUACUUUCUUGUCGUGCUUGACGCAGUUCUUACAUGUAGACGAAUGGAUCCUGCCGUGUCUAAAGCAAAAGCUGUCUAUACAUCUUCUUGGUACACC